AACAUAGCUUAACAGCUGGAUGUCAAUAAUUUGCCAGCAAAGUUUCACCUCCCGUCAAAACAAUUUGGGUCAGAAAAUAUAGUUUGAUAUGAGUAAACAAAGGAGUUGAUAAAGUUUGUCCGUGUAUUUCCUUUCUUAAAUCAUCAACAUGAGCUCGAUAAUCAAUUUGGCAAUGACUCGUACCAGUGGGGAUGGCAUGGAACAGGAGCCUUCGUCGAAAGCGGAGAAUUGUAAUGUGGCACCAAAAAAUACGACAUUGAAAGUGGAACAUACGUACAAAAAAGAAAUUCCGGAGAGACGAGAAUCAGAAAGUAAGAAACCCAUAAAAAUCCCUGGUAAGGACACCAUCUACCGACCUGAAUUCGACGAAUCUGUGUCGUUGCCGCCAGUCAUUCCAAAAGGUAAACUUGUCCUCAUAAUUCCGAGACUAGUGCAUCGCAAGGACAAAUCGCAGUCAACAACCAAUAGGGAGCCACGUUUCAUUCCGUUCGAGCCGUACAAGGCGGCCGUGAAACCAAUCGUACCAGUGAAGCAUAAGAAAAUGCCACGACCGAAUAAGAACCAGUUAGAUAUCAACGUGCUCGUUGAGCAAAUGAGCAACAUGAAAACGUCCGAGUUGAAGCUGAACGAGGGACCCAACAAUGAUUUGGAGACAACAAAAACGGUAUUUGAGGAGGAAAAAGAAAGCUUACAAAAGGAAAUUGAGGAAUUGAAAAAGCAACAGGAUCGAACGACGGCGCAGUUGAAGUUCCAGGUUCAGGUGAAUUCGGAGCUGAAAAAUUUGCUGGUGGCCGCGGUUGGUGAGGAUUUACAGACGAGAGUUAAUGUUCUCACUGAAGAUAAACUGCAACUGGCUCGUGCGUUGCUGGACACUGCAAAUAAUUUGUCAACACACACUGAACAAAUUGAAUAUCUUGCGGGACAAUCUGAAGUUUGGAGAAGUAAAUUCCUCGCAAGCAGUGUAAUGGUUGAGGAACUAGCGCGAUGGAAAGCUGACCUAUCACAUAAGAAUACUUUGCUAACGAAAUCAAAUAAGCAAAUGCUCCAAUUGGUGUCACAAACAAGGAACAUGAUCAUUGAUAUUCUGAGGAACCUGAAGUUUCUAGCAAGGAUUAGGACACUGAAUAUCCCUACAAGCAAUAUAUCUGACUUAUCUGCCGAGUGCCUUAACAUUUUGCAACAACUGGUUUUACAUUCAGGAAUCGGCAUGCCCGAAAACUUGGAUUUAGACUCUUUAGACAGUCUGACGGAAGCUGAGAAAUUAGCUGCGCAGGCUUUAGAAAACUCAAGUCAGCAUCUGAUUUCCACUGACGAAGCGUUCAAAGCUAUAGUGGAACAGGCAUUUCACCCGAACAGAUCAAUGUAUAAAAUCGAAACAAGUUCCAAUGACGGCGUUACAGACAACGAACAUCCUUAAGGCAAGCGCUAUAAGACUAUAGUACCACUGAAACAACCUUUAUUUUGUAAAUAUACGAUGGAAAUAUUUUAUUAGUCUUAAAUAAAACAAAAUGAAAUGAAAAA